AGGAGAAGACUGGAGAGAGGAGGUGGGAGUGGGGGGGUAUAAAACUGGCUCCCUGAAACCUGCGUCCCAUUUCCUCAUUCACAAGGGGGCUUUGCACCUCGCCAGGAAGGAUGAAGAUCUUGUUUGCAGCCUCUCUGCUUCUGCUGGCCCUGUCCCACCUGAGCCAGGUGGACGCGUCUGCCUACGACAAAAUCGUGUCUCACAGCCGCAUCCGGGCCAAGAAGCAGGGGAUCAACAUGUGUGCCAUUCAGGAGAUCAUAGGCACCAAGAAGAAAUACUUCAGCACAUGCAGGAACUGGUACAUGGGAUCCAUCUGUGGCAAAAAGGCGCUGGUUUUAUAUGAGUGUUGCCCUGGUUACAUGCAGCUGGAAGGAAUGCGUGGCUGUCCUGCAGCGGUUCCCAUUGACACCAUCUAUGGCACUCUGGGAGUGGUGAAAGCUGACAUCACAAAGCAGUAUGUCGACAUGUCCAAGCUGACGGAGCAGACCCAGGGUGCCGGCUCCUACACCAUGUUUGCUCCCAGUGAUGAGGCUUGGGAACAGCUGGAUGCUACUAAAAGAACUGAACUCCUGAACAAUGAAAACACCCUCCUGUAUGAUGCCUUGCAUUGCCACAUGGUCAGCAAGCGUUUCCUCACUAAAGACCUAAAGAAUGAUAUGACCCUGGAGUCCAUGCACAGCAAACUGGGCCUGUACAUCAACCACUACUCUAAUGGAAUCAUUACAGUCAACUGUGCCAGGAUCAUCCAUGGCAACCAGGUGGCCACCAACGGGGUGGUGCAUGUCAUUGACCGUGUCAUCGCCCCAGUGAAGAACACCAUCAGGGAUGUGAUUGGGACCAAUGAGGAGCUCAGCUCACUGAACCGUGCUGUCAAAAAGGAGUCAAGCUUAUUAGGAAAACUGGGCCAGCCAGGCCAAUACACUCUUUUUGCUCCAACCAACAAGGCCUUUGAGAAGCACAAGGAGGGGCUUAAACGAAUCCUACAAGACAAGACUCUCGUCCAGGCCUUUCUGAAGUACCAUCUCCUAAGUUCAGUGCAGUGCUCAGAAGCCAUCUUGGCUGGCUCACGGUACGAGACAUUGGAGGGCAGCUCUAUUGAGAUUGGCUGUGAUGGUGACAGUCUCACUGUCAACGGCAUUAAGAUGGUGCUGAAGAAGGAUAUUGUCACAAGCAAUGGAGUUAUCCACCUCAUCGACCAAGUGCUUAUGCCUGACUCAGUUAAGCAGGUUACAGAGCUGGUCGGUGAGUCUCAGAGCACCUUUGGUCAUCAGGUGACUAAGCUGGGCCUGGCGGCAGCCAUGGGCCCUGGUGCUCAAUACACACUUCUUGCCCCCCUCAACACUGUCUUCACUGAUAAGGUGAUGUCAAUGGACCAGCAUCUGCUGAAGAUCAUUCUAAAAAAUCACAUCCUGAAACUCAAGGUCACCCUGAGUGACCUUUACAAUGGCCAGUUGCUGGAAACCCUGGGGGGUAAAUUCCUUAGGGUCUUUGUCUACCGAACGACUGUGUGUAUUGAGAAUGCCUGCAUGGUCAGAGGUAGUAAAGAGGGAAGCAAUGGAGCCCUUCAUCUGAUGAAGUCACUGAUCAGCACGCCCAGCAACAGCAUGUAUGAGCUGCUGCAGAAGAACGGCAGCUUCACCGUGUUCCUGUCUCUGAUGGAGAUCGCAGGGCUAACAGAGUUGUUGAAGCAGGAGGGCGCAUACACAAUCUUUGCCCCGAUGGAUGAUGCCUUUGAUGGAGUCACUGAGCAGGACAUGAAGACUCUCACAAGUGACAUCAAUGCUCUGAGGAUCAUCCUGCUCUACCAUUUCAGUAAUGGCAUCUUUAUCAGCGGUGGACUGGAGGGCAGUGUGACCAACCUACUGGAGACCAUGCAAGGCAGCAAUCUUCAGAUGCUGUCUGUCAACAACUCCAUCCUUGUUAACUCUGUGAAUGUUCCCAAUAAAGACCUCAUGGCAUCUAACGGGGUUAUUCAUGUAAUAAAGACCCUGCUCUACCCUGGAGAUCUGCCUGUGGGACGUGAGGACCUGCUAUAUCUGCUACAGAAGUUUAUCAAGUACAUGCAGAUCAAGUUUGUCUCUGGAUUCAACUACAAAGAGGUCCCCUUCACCUUCAUUAAUAAAAUAAUCACCACUCAUGUUGUUGAAUCAGUUCCUGAGAUCACAAUUACCAACAUCACAGUAAUUGGGGUUGACUCAUCAGUCAUGAAGGUCGAGUCUAACCCCAAAGUGAAACAUGUGGUCAUCGAGGGAAAACCAAAAAUCACCAAGGUAACAAGAAUAAUCAAAGGGGAACCGACAGUCAUUGGGGGUGGGCAGGCUUUCCUUGAUGGUGAAGGUGAGGCAGGAUUCACCACCAGAGUGAUUAAACCAGAGCCUCGGGUCAUAGAAGGACCAGAUUUCUCAAAGAUCAUGCUCAUCGAUGCAGAAUCGGAGAAGAUCAGCAAGCUUAUCAAACAGGGUGGGGCUAAGAGACGAGCAGCUGUCAGGAGAUCACCAGCAGCAGGAAUGAAGAGACGAGUGAGGGUGUUGAGACGUCACAAGCCCAGCCAGUGAUCCCCAACAGGUGCUUGGCAUCCAUUCAGUCCGGAUUCCUGCUCUAAGGCCUACCUCUCAGACUAAGAGCGCGGACCUAGGGUCAUACAGGUCCUGAGCUGGAGCUCAGCCUAGAUCCGUUCUCUUAUUCUCUGAGGUGUGGCUGAAAAUGACCCCAGGAAACACCUUCAAGUUCUUGCAGUCAAAAAAAAGCAAGAAUGGGGAUCAGAGCACCUGAAGAGCACGUGCCAUUACUGUCACUCCUCUUGGCAUGUGAUGGGAAGACAUUGUAAAUAAUGUUAUUAAACGCUGCAUGACAUGUUUACAACAUCAAGGGAACUGACACCAAUGCAAGAUGCAUCAUUGGGGGACUGAAAUGGUGGUGGUAUUGAGGGAUAAAGGAAUAGUAUUUUUAUACAUUUGCCACCGAGCUGUCAUGAGAGGCUCGAGGUCUCACCUGUGCAUGUCUGUUCGUUUGUGGUGUUUUGCAUUAAGGCAUAUGAAUGAUUAUUUUUUAACAUUUGAGGAUCAGCAGAGCUUGCUCUAUUCUUAUCUGAAUGUCAACAUCCACAGCACGUUCAAAUGUAUGGCUGUAAGAUGUUACACCCAUUCUAUACUUUCUUAUGCCGCUUUCACUUUGAUCAAAGUAAAUUCAGUCUCGUAUUUCUUUUUUCUAUGUUCCAUAAAACGAUAGAAUUAUUUCAGUGUCAUCUUUGCGACUGUUAAUUCUCAGUAACAUCCUUCUCAUUUGACAGCCGCAUGAAUAUAAAUUGAAAUAAGAGCAUUAUUUCAUAAUCUUUGAUAUUUAUAGUUCCAUUUUGUUCAUUCAUAUCCGUUGUGUGUAUUAUAGUACACAAGGUCUUUGUUCAUUAUGAGUUAUUCACAUACAAGUUUUGACUUCUGCGUUUGUCAUGCCAUUUGUUCUUGUUGUUCUUUGCCAAUUUGUUUGUCCUGCACAGAACUUUUUAUCUGUCAAAUGGAGUGAUGGCAAGAUUAAAAGCGUCCCAGCAUGGCCUAGUCAAAGCAA